AUCAACAGGAAGGGCCUGGCCAAAUGCGCUCGAAUGAGAAGCAACGGCCAUAGAAAUUAGAGAGGGAGAGAGGCAAAAGUAAGGAUUGUAAGGAAGAAAAAGUCCCUAGUCCUUAGCAAAAAUUGAAAAACAGAAUGUGAUAAAUACAUUUGAAUCAAAUACCUAGAUUUCCAAGGUUUUGACUGGAUUAUUUUUCUUUGAAAAAAUAUAAAAUGGAAGGUCUUGAAUUAAUAAAACAGGGAGCGGAAGCCAAACUCUACAAAGGCCUUUAUUUGGGAAAACCUACGAUUGCCAAGGAAAGAUUCGAGAAAAAAUAUCGUCACACCAACUUGGAUAACUGUUUGACCAAAGAAAGAAUGAAAGCAGAGAGCAGAGCAAUAGUUCGUUGCAAAGCUGCUGGUAUCAGAACACCAAGUAUUUAUUUAGUUGAUUUCAAGAGAAGAACGAUAUUCAUGGAAUACUUCCAGUACAGCAUCACCGCCAAAGAGUUCAUAGAAACGAUGUCCGAUGCUUCGUCACUGUCCACGCUAUUGCUCUUUUCCUCAGAACUGGGAAAGCUGCUCGGCACUCUGCACGAAAGCAACAUCCUUCACGGGGACCUCACUUCGUCCAACAUUCUACUCGUAAACAAAAACAAUGUCGAGAAGUAUGACGAUCUCAACGAAUUAGAUUUGGUUUUGAUAGACUUUGGGCUGGCACACAUAGAAAACAGCGCGGAAGACAAAGGCGUUGAUCUGUAUGUGCUGGAGAGGGCGUUACUGAGCACUCACAAGGUUGCGGAAAGUUUGAUGCCUAAGAUUCUGGAGAGUUACCGGAAAGAGUACAAGCAGGGGGGUAAAGAGGUGCUUUCGAAAUUCGAAGAAGUCAGGGCUCGAGGUCGGAAACGUACGAUGGUGGGAUGAGAGUUACUUCAUAAGCUAUUUAUGAGUUGAUGCUUUGUAAGACUUGUAUUGUGAUUGAGUAUAACUUUAAUUUAUCGUGAUACAAAAUUGACAUGAUAUUCAAAGUUUUAUAAGAAAAAACUUAUUUUCUUAUUACACUGACUAAUUGUUGUGAAUGAGUUAUAUUUGAUCGGAUCUGUGUAUUAAUAACAGGAUUGUUAUUUAUUGAA